CUGAUGACUAUGCCCCGGAGCCCCACUUCGAGUGAGGAUGAGAUGGCUCAAAGUUUUUCUGAUUACUCCGACGACUGCGGCUCUGAAAGCUCCCAUGAAGAAACAAUUUAUGAAACUAUAAGGGCCACGGCUGAGCAAUCACCCCACCAAAUGGACGACAUUCAAAUAAACUCAAUGGUCAUCCGCGUUAUCAUCCCUGACCUGCAGCAGACGAAAUGUAUGCGGUUCAACCCGAAUGCAACAGUUUGGGUUGCCAAGCAAAGGAUCCUGUGUACACUUAAUCAGAGCUUGAAGGACGUGCUGAACUAUGGGCUUUUCCAGCCUGCCAGCAGUGGGAGAGAUGGCAAGUUCCUGGAUGAGGAACGUAUCCUGCGAGAGUACCCUCAGCCAAUCAGCAAAGGUGUUCCCUGUUUGGAGUUUCGGUAUAAGAGCAGAGUUUACAGGCAGCCUGAUUUGGAUGAGAAACAGAUUGCAAAACUUCAUACAAAGGCUAAUCUGAAGAAGUUUAUGGACCUUAUACUCCAUAAUCAGGUGGACAAAGUUUCUAAAAUGUUAGAAAGAGGUCUUGAUCCCAACUACCAUGACAGUGAAACUGGCGAGACCCCUUUGACCUUCACAGCACAUCUGGAUAAUGUUGUGGAGAUGAUCAAGGUUCUUAAAAAUGGAGGCGCUCACUUGGACUUCAGAGCCAAGGAUGGUAUGACAGCCCUCCACAAAGCAGCACGUUCCAAGAACCAGGUUACACUCACGACACUGUUGGAGCUAGGGGCAUCUCCGGACUACAAGGACAGCCGUGGUCUGACUCCCCUGUAUCACAGCGUCAUAGUAGGAGGAGACCCGGGAUGCGGGGAGCUCCUUUUGAACCACCACGCCUCCGUGUGCUGCCAGGAUGAGAAUGGCUGGCAAGAAAUUCACCAGGCUUGUCGCUACGGACAUGUGCAGCACUUGGAACACCUUCUCUUCUAUGGAGCAGACAUGAGUGCUCAGAACGCAUCGGGAAACUCGGCUUUACAUAUAUGUGCGCUAUACAACGAGGAUAACUGCGCCAGGGUGCUGCUUGUUCGAGGAGCUGAUAAAGAAGUGAGAAACUUUAACAGCCAGAGUCCUUUUCAGGUUGCGAUUAUUGCUGGAAACUUUGAUCUGGCUGAACUUAUCAAGAACCACAAAGAGUCUGAUAUAGUGCCUUUUCGUGAGGCUCCAGCGUACUCCAAACGACGCCAAGGUCCGUCGUCUGGCAACAGCAGUGGAAACAGCCACUCCCUCGUAUCUUUAUCGGCUCCACGUGUCCUGCUGCGCUCCAACAGUGACAACAACCUAACGGUCAGUCAGUACCAGCAGCAGCAGCACGCUUCAACCAGCAGCUGGGGACCCCAUCUUCAGCAACAGCAAAAAAGGGCCCCCCAGCAGCCUGGCUCCUCAGCAUUACAUCGCAGCCUGUCACCCCAGCUGAUUCAGCAGAUGCCCAGCGGCAGCCCCAAUGGCAAUGUGGUGGUUCGUACCAUGGGAAGGGGGUCGAGGAGCAGAUCACCCUCCCUCAGCCGGCUGGGGGAUGAGGCCCGACGGGCUCUACCCUCACAGCGACAACCCAGUCCCAGCAGUCAUGCAGAAGCCGUAGGCUCCAGGAGGAAGCUGUACAGUGCGGUCCCAGGGAGACACUUUGUUGUAGUUCGUCCUUACACUGCUCAGGCCCAAGGCGAGAUUAACCUCUACAAGAAUGACAGAGUCAAAGUUCUGAGCAUCGGAGAAGGUGGUUUCUGGGAGGGUAGCACCCGCGGCCAAGUAGGUUGGUUUCCAGCCGACUGUGUGGAGGAGAUCCUGGCCAAGGCCAUUGAGGAGAGGAGCUAUUCCCGAGCGGACCGUGCUGACAGACGGAAACUGUUCAGGCACUACACUGUGGGCUCCUAUGACAGCUUUGACGCUUCCAGUGACUGCGUGGUGGAUGAGAAGACGGUGGUACUCCAGAAGAAGGAGAAUGAAGGAUUCGGUUUCGUCCUGCGAGGGGCAAAAGCGGAUACACCCAUUGAGGAGUUUACACCCACCCCUGCUUUCCCUGCUCUGCAAUAUCUGGAGUCAGUGGACGAGGGGGGUGUGGCAUGGCAGGCGGGACUACGGACGGGGGACUUCCUCAUUGAGGUGAAUCAGGAGAAUGUGGUAAAGGUGGGCCACAGACAAGUGGUCAACAUGAUCCGGCAGGGUGGGAAUCGCCUCUUGAUCAAGGUGGUGACAGUAAGCCGGAAUCUGGACCCUGAGGACACAGCACGUAAAAAAGCUCCUCCACCACCAAAGAGAGCUCCAACUACUGCUCUGUCCAUGCGCUCCAAGUCAAUGACGUCUGAAUUAGAGGAACUCGUGGAUAAAGCCACUCUAAGGAAAAAGAAAGGUGAUGCGCAGAAGAGGAGGAUUGUUUUCCGAGUCACUCUAAACAAAGUUGACGAGAUGACCCACGCUCAGAAGACAUCGCCAGUUGAUAUGAAGAUCGCAACAAUCAAACCACGGCCAUCCAGUCGCUGCUUGAUUACACCCACUGAACUAAAUUCCAUGUACCAUGACCGCCAGGGAGUAGCAGUGGUUCCACCCACUGUGCCUGGAGCCUUCUUAGGGUUACCAGAAAAAGGCUUGCUAAGGAAGCAAAAGUCCAUAGGUACAACAGAAGAGGAAAAACAGGGAUACCUUACGCCUCCUUUAUUAAAGUUCUCCCGAAGUCUCUCCAUGCCAGAUACAUCAGAGGACAUUCCACCUCCCCCGGCAAUUUCACCCCCUUCGCCACCUGCCUACAACUCACCUGCUGGCCCAACACCCAAAAGUUACGAUACCGCAAGACCCAGCUUCACCCAGAACUCACCUAACGCAGUGACAACUAUUUGUAGAACCUCAGAUGUUGGUACAUUGAGGCGGGGCUAUCACAGACAGAGUUCAGAGCAUUUUGAGAGCCCGCGCAUGCGAGGGCGCACACCAGUGCCCGAAAACCCCUAUUCUGAGAUUGGCAAUAAGAAUCUGUAUGUGCCAGCAAAACCUGCUCGAAGGAAGGGUAUGCUAGUAAAACAGUCAAAUGUUGAGGACAGUCCAGAAAAAACGUGUCAUAUGGCAACAAACCUCUCGGGCCCAGUUUCCAUGCCUACCACACCUGUUGAGCGAACAUGCUCUUCCAUCCCCAUUCCUACCAUCAUUGUCAAGGAACCAUCCACCAGCAGCAGUGGAAAGAGCAGCCAGGGUAGCAGUAUGGAGAUUGAGCCAACAACCCCAGAACACCCAUCUCUAAUGCCAACUGUUGGUGGAAGUGGUGGUCUGCGACCGGAAGACCCGAUGUCUCUAGGCAACCCAUUUGCAGCAGCUAUUGCUGGUGCUGUGCGUGACCGUGAGAAAAGGCUUGAGGCAAAAAAACACUCUAUUGCUUUCCAGUCAAUAGAUAUGGGAGAUGAUGACUUAAUUGGUCCUACCCCGAUGCCUCGCCUUCGGCAGUCAAAGUCCAUCGAUGAAGGAAUGUUUGGUAGUGACGAGCGACUCAGAAGGAUGAUGGCUCCACCAGUUCACCUUGGACCUCCCGUCGGUGGAGGCAGUGGAAACUUGACAGAUUUUAAUACUCCAGAGCCCACAGUAGUCAGGGAGCCUCUAAACACAAAAACAGGACAGUGUCCUAACCUAGACAGUCCUGUUAGUCUACCAGCCACUCCCCCAAAGAGCCACUACAGAGCAAAUGGAACCUACCUUCACCCUGUUACAGGUAAACCUCUAGACCCUAAUUCUCCUCUUGCGUUGGCCCUUGCUGCUCGUGACCGAGCAAUGAAGGAACAACAAAAUCAUCAUCAAAAUACGCAACAAAAUCCUCCUCAGGUUUCACAAAGUCCCAAAAACGAAGCCCACUCCCUCCCGCUGCAGCCAAGUCACAAACCAGACCUCAACCAGCCACUCUUCAUUGAUACCAAGUUGCGGUCUGGGAUUGAAACAAGUUUUGCUGCAAUCUCGUCAGCAACCAUGGGCCGUCCAGGGCGAGGUGGCUUGCGGCGGCAAAUGACUGAGCAAAAAUAUGAGUCUGAUGUGGCUCGAGAGGACCGGCAGCACCAGGCAGUUGAGGAGAGGAAAAGUUUACCAGGAGACGUUAUUGACACACCUAAGUCAGCUGGAUUGUUGAUGGUUCACACCAGUACUGAAGCAAGCAACAAGGUAAAUAACCAAGAGUUGGAAGGGCAGGACAGCAACAGGCCAUCUGAGCUGAAAGACCCCAAUCAACCUGAUCCUCGCGGUGGCGCAACAUUGUCUAUUAAUCCCCAGCCCUCCUCAACACGAAGACGUAGCGUUCCUUUAGGUGAGUCCUUGGAUGAACCUGUGAAACUACCCUUCCGGAUACCCCCUCCGCCUCUGGCGUCAGUUGACAUUGAUGAGGACUUUGACUAUGUAGAGCCACUCCCACCUCCUCUAGAGUUUGCUAACAGUAUUGACAUCCCUGAUGACCAAGCUAGUGCCAUUGCACAGAUGCUUCAGCAACAGAGAAGAAAUGGGGGGCCUCUGCUACCUUCAUACAAUGUCCAUGCCCCUCCACUUGUUACAGAUCAACACAAACGAGUAACGAACAGUAUGCCCCCUUCAUAUCCGCCUCCUCCACCAGAUCCAGAGUCAGGGGUAGGUGACUCUGGUAUUGAAGAGGUAGAUAGUCGCAGCAGUGGAGACCCUCAGCACAUGGAGACCACCAGCACCGUGUCAAGCAUCUCCACCCUUUCAUCAGAGGGAGGAUUCUGUGACACCACCCUGGAGAGCCUUUAUGCUACUGCAGACGGGCAUUCCUUCAUGGUGGAUAGACCCCCUGUACCGCCAAAACCAAAAGGAAAAUCGGUCAUCAACAGAACUUCGCUUUACCAUGAUGCCCUCAUUGAAGAACCACCAGAAUCAUAUGGUUCACCACCUCAGGUUCCUCCUGCACAUGCUUCAUCUUCUGAACCUCCUAGGACGCCCACUCAAAGGACAUCAAAACUAUGGGGUGAUCAACCCCCUGAGCUUCAUAGCCCUCCAUUUACAGCAGACACCAAGAACACAGUUAUCACGGAGCUGAGCUCCAUUCUACAAAACAUGAAUCGCGAUAGGCCACCUAAGUCAGGAAAUAGCCUCGACUCGCCCACAGGAAACCAAGGGGCCUUUGGAACAAGGCCCCACUCCGAUGACUCAGGAAUGCGGAACAACGCCGCCGCCGCCUCCACGCCUCCGAGCAGCCUUCCUCCUCAGACGCACCCGUGCAGCCCUCCAGACUCGGCUUCCUCCCUCACCCCUUGCUCCUCACUGCCGCCCUCGGUGUCUCCCACCCUCACGGACGUCUUCGGCCUGCCCACCCCGCCCAUGGGCAGCGGCGGGGGUUACAGUUUGAGCUCGUCAUGCGGAGGGAGCGGGAGCUCGCGUUCGCCGUCGCCGCUGACUCUCAUGCAGGCGGUGGCGGCAUCGGGGAAGCCCUUCGCCUCCAAACCAGUGGAGCUGUGGAGCAAAUACGACGUAGCCGACUGGCUGGAGAGCCUUCACCUGGGCGAGCACAGAGACGCUUUCCUGGAUAAUGAAAUCGAGGGUGCACACCUGCCCUCCUUGCAAAAAGAGGACUUGAUAGACCUGGGCGUCACGAGGGUGGGCCACCGCAUGAACAUCGAGAGGGCCCUCAAGCUGCUGCAGGACAGAUAA